AUGAUUGUGCUCUGCCUCGUGCAGCAGCUCGGGUCGGACCUCCAGCGCGACUUGGGUCUGAGCCUCAAGUGGGUGCAGGACUCGCUCCUCGUCAUGAACCCCCGGGACACGGCGAUCGCACCGUUUGCCCAGAACGUGCUCCAGGAGCUCAAGGCCGCGCUCAACCAGGUGCCCGAGACGGCCCGCGACUCGCAGUUUACGCUCUACGACUAA